GUUUAGGAAAUCUUUCAGAGAAAAACUAUGUAAGGUGAUGUAGCCUUCGAGAAGGGAGGAACCUCAAACCUCAGAAAGACAAUUGUCAGAACAUCCAGCUGUGGUCAUUGGGGGGGAAAAAAUGACCUGGUUUAAGGUCUUUGCCAAGCUCUCCCCAAGUAUUGAAGGCGUGAAGAUCUCGGGAUGUCAAAGCGAAGUUGGAGCCAGGCGGAAAAGGAGCCAAUUAACCAACUUUCUGUUUCGGAGUGCCUUGAGCGGGUCUGAGAAAGGUCGCAAUGGAGGCUGACGAAGCUGUCAACGAAAACCUAAAAAUGCAGUUUAAGGCUCUCCAGGAGCAGCAGCAGCAAAGGAUGAAAAAUCUGAUGGAGAAGAAAAAGGAAAUUCAACACAGCCUAAAACUGGACAACAAAGAGAACCAAGACAAGGCCUUCGGGAUGCCAGACGCUCUCAGCUUAUCGCUUUUGGCACCCGAGACGUCCGAUUCAGACAUUGGGACAAAAUUGCUGGAAAAUGAAAACGAGCAGCUGCAGAACCAACUCCGUGAGCUGGUGGAUGAGAACGGUCGGUUGUACAAACUCUUGAAGGAAAGAGAUUUGGAAAUAAAGCAACUUCAUAAAAAGAUUGAGGAGGAGCGGCUGGCUCUACUGGGGACUGCUGGUUUAUCGGGGGAUGUUGCAGCUUCUAAAAUUGUGGAACUGGCCAAGCAGAACCGGCACGUGACGGCUGAAAUGGAAAGGGAGAAAACCAGAACAAAACAGUUGAACAACCGGAUCAAACAACUGGAAAAAGAUCUGCAAAUAUCAACUGCUAAGUUGCAAUCCCACGGUGACAGCCCAGCUUUUCGUAAAAAGCUAGACGGCACUAUGAGCCCAGAAGUGAAAGCAUUGCACGAAAAAUUGUCUGCUGUGAAUCUCAAAGCAUCUGAAUAUCGCAACCAGCUACAGUCCACAAAGCAGGAACUUAAGAUGACGCAAAAGCUUCUCAGCCACGAAGUAGGCGAAGACGUCAAUAUACAAAACCUUUUGUCCAAUCCCGGCAGCUGGCGAGGACGGGCUCAACAAAUACUUGUCCUGCAAGGCAGAGCCUUCUGUAUCCUGCUUAUACAGGUCCGGGACUUAGAAACCCAACUGAACUGUCACAAAAGAAAAUUAUCCGAGAAUGAUACCAAUGAAGACCCGUUGAGCUUCGCCGACCCCAGGAAGUCCUCAGCCCAAGUCAAGAACCAGCUGCGGAUUCGCACCUUGGAAAGGGAGAAGAAAGAAGCUUUGGAAAAGCUCAUGAACCAGUACCAAGUCCUUCAAAAGGAUCACGAGGACGUGAAGAAGAAGCUGGAGGGGUCCAAAGCCAGAAACAAGGUCUUGUCCAACGAGGUGAAGACCCUGAAGGACCAAAUUUCCACCCUGAUGGAGAAGGGGAAGCAUGACAACGAACUCGUGGAUGCUCUUGUGAGCCAGCAGAAAGAAAUGCAAGGCAUCUUAAAAAAUCUGAGCCAGCAAGAAGACAGAAACGCGGAAGGUGAGAAGGCCCUGGGGAAGAAACUGAACUCUGAGAUCCAGAAGCAAAGCUGCCUCAUUGAGCAGCUCAGGCAGAUGGUAGCCGACCGAGAAGCUCAGGUAAAGGAGCUGGAAGAAAUGGUCAGGCAGCUGAAGUUGCAGCAGCGAAACCUGCCCCUCCAAGAGGAAAGUGGAUUAGAUUCGGGUUCCACACUGUCUACAGAGUCUUUAGAAGAGGAAAAUCAGAAUUUAGCAUCCCAGAAGGAAGACUCUAGCAGAAAUGACAGCUCCAGACGGACAACAUCGAAGAUGGGACACACCCUUGUGGACUCCGCAGCAACGUUAUUUCCAGCAACUCCUGGCAGGGCACCAGAGCAGGACGAGGUCGGUUUCAAGACCCUUCAAGCGCAGAUCACGGAAUACAAGACUCUCUGUCAAGCAGCAGAAGUGGAACGCGACCAUUUGAUAGAGCUGGUCAGCAUCCUACAGAAAAGGGUGGAUGAGAGCAUCACCAAAGUCUGGGAAGCGGAGAAGAAAUUUCAGGAACAGCAGCACAAGUACGCCGCUCUUGAGCAGCAGUUUGCAAAGCUGAAGAUGGAAUCCGGGAAGACAGUCGUGGCCCCCAAAGUUCAGCUCAAGACCAAAGCAGCUCAGCCACCCAGCAGUGCCAAAAUGAGCUGGAACGCCGGGGAUAAAAAAGAUCUGCCAUCCGUCCAACUUUCCGAAGUGCCUCUGGAGUCUCAGUUAGAGGAACUCGCCACACAGCUGGCGAUCCAGAUGGACGAGAUCGAAGGCCUGAAGAGCGCUUUGCAAGAAUCUAUCCGGACCAAAGAGGAAGACUUCCAGGUGUACCAGGACACCGUGGGACAGGUGAAGGAGAUCUUCCUGCACGCUCUGAAGCAGCACACGCAGGAGAAGAACUGAGCCGGUCCCGGUGGUGGGAGGGGGUUAGUCCCGCUGUCCAGAUAUGGUCCCUCCGAGGUGACUCUCAUUUAAAUACUUUCAGGAGGGCGCAGAAGAUACAGCAGACGUUGGUCCUGUAGAAGAUGCGGGUGGUCCCCAGCUAGAGGGACCCAGGGGCCAACUCCUCUCAUCCAUAAUGAUGUACUCAUAGCCAUAUUCACCGGAUCGGUAGUCUGGCACUCGUUCUGAACGAGUCUAGAAUCCGUAAGCGGGAAGAAUUUGCUUGGGUAGAAAUGAACUUUGGAUCAACUUUGACAUCCCUUGCCAAACAAAACCUGUUUUAAAACUUUUCCAGUGUAAAUACAGACCCUGUUGUCACUUGGCAAGACCCGGACAAAAUAUAAUGUCUCGUUUAUUUUCUUGAAAGACAUGAUACGCUGCUGCUUUGCUCGCGCAGUUGUGAAUUGCAGGGAAGGCGGUGGGUGAGCUCUUUUUCCUGGAUCACACAUUUACAACCGUGUCUGCAUACUCCCCGUGCCUUAUUUCAUCUCUGCCCAAACUUGCUUCACCAUCAGUUAAUUCCCAAAUGGUCUUCAAGUUUGUCGUUUUCUCCUUGCUGAGUUGCUGAGGGAGGGCUCAGAUUAAAUUAGAUAAAAUAUUGACCCGAAAGGAAUUCAGCUUGAGUUGAAGAUGAUUUGGCACCCUGUAGCCAUGAAAAGAAAAGUAGGCAAAAAGAUAGAUAGAUGAGAGAUACAGAGAGCGAGAUGGAGGGAUAAAGACAGAUACC